GGAACAGAAGACAUGGAGAGCAUGGGCUGCAAAGCUCAGGGGAAGGGACGCUGCCAGGAUGAGGAGGCGUCCACAGGGGAGAAGAGGACCCCAGGCAGAAAUGGCCUCCGUGACCGACGGCAAAGCUGGAAUCAAAGAUGCCUCUGACCAGAAUUUUGACUACAUGUUCAAACUGCUCAUCAUAGGCAACAGCAGCGUCGGGAAGACUUCCUUCCUCUUCCGCUACGCCGACGACACCUUCACGCCGGCCUUCGUCAGCACGGUGGGCAUCGACUUCAAAGUGAAGACGGUCUACCGCCACGAGAAGCGUGUGAAGCUGCAGAUCUGGGACACAGCCGGGCAAGAGCGGUACCGGACCAUCACCACAGCCUAUUAUCGUGGGGCCAUGGGCUUCAUUCUGAUGUAUGACAUCACCAACGAGGAGUCCUUCAAUGCUGUCCAGGACUGGGCCACUCAGAUUAAGACCUACUCCUGGGACAACGCACAGGUUAUUCUGGUGGGAAAUAAGUGUGACAUGGAAGAAGAAAGGGUGGUCCCAACUGAGAAGGGCCGGCUCCUUGCAGAGCAGCUCGGGUUUGACUUCUUUGAGGCCAGUGCCAAGGAGAACAUCAGCGUGAGGCAGGCCUUCGAGCGUCUGGUGGAUGCCAUCUGUGAGAAGAUGUCCGACUCGCUGGACACAGACCCCUCCGUGCUGGGCGCCUCCAAGACCACGCGUCUCUCGGACACCCCGCCCCUCCUGCGGCAGAACUGCUCAUGCUAGGCCCCAGCCUCCCGCCUCCCCUCCUCACGCCCACUUACACCCUGCUUCUCUCUGUUACUGUCCGCUACCGACCCCAAGCAGGCAGAGGGCCCCAAUUACAGAUACCAGCGGCGCGGGCUACUGUGUGGGUGAAGGAGAGUCCUUUUAAACAGAAAACUCCCUUUUAUGAAGGAUGUUCACUACAGAGACUUGGAAGGGAUCUUUUCUGCCCUUAAAAUGAAAGUUCCUGCGUUUACCAAGAUAGCCCUCCCACACUCACGCCUCAGGGGCUGGCCAGUGUGUAAAGUGAGGCCCACCCGCACAGCUAAUCCUAUUAAAGAAAAUGUCUCCAAGUA